ACAAAACGAACACCCCUGCAUAUCAUAAGAAGGCUAAUGCAGGGCCGCGGGUCAAGCAGCAAGCAACGUAUGGAUUGGGGAAACCUCGACCUGCAAAGAACCUCCCAGCAAGAGAGUUCCCUGUCUCGAAGACCGGUAUCUUGCCCCCCAAUUCCACGACCGUCACCAAUAGCAAGUCCCAACCAGGAGAGAAGGAAUCAAUGAAAGUGUCAAAAUGCAUUAUGGCUCCGAUCCCACACUGGUACGAUAUCGAUCUACCAUCAUUAGAGCGCAACGACAACUUGCCCUUCCUGUCCGUCGAUGAUAUUACUGCCCGAGUAUCCCACGCGUCAGGACUCCAUGAAGCAGAGGUUGAAGCGUACACAAGCUCCGGCACGGGCGCGAGUAUAGUCGGUAUGAGCGGAUCGGAUGCGAUAUUUCUCUCCCGGAUUCUCUCGUCUGGAACACUUUCCGACCGUUUGUCAGCUUUAACAUUGAUGGCUCAAUCUUCCCCACUGCAUAACACUCGAGCCCUUAAUGCCAUGAAGUCAAUGGCUGGGAAGAAGAGUAGGGAAGAGAGCCUGAAAGCCAUCAGAGCGAUCACAGACUGGUGGGUUGGAGGUGGUGCCCCGUCGCGAAAGCUGAAGUAUAUACGCGAUCAACCUUUGAAUCAUCCGGAUGUCACCGACAGGCACUUGCUGAUUUGGUAUUUUGAAGACUGGGUCAAGAAAUAUUUUUUCUCUAUUCUUCAGCUGCUGGAGGGAUUGCUUCUCGAUCCGCUGCCCUUUAUUCGAAUGCAAGCGAUGACUCUGGUGGCGCAGCUCCUGAAGGAGAAACCAGAGCAGGAGCAGAACCUGCUCCGACUUCUAGUAAAUAAACUAGGAGACCUGGAACGGACCGUUGCAUCCAAAGCAUCCUUCCAUCUCCUGCAGUUGCUUCAGUCUCAUCCUGCCAUGAAAUCCGUGGUCAUCCGGGACGUGUCUUCUCUCAUCCUCCGACCCCCGUCUACUUCUGCCAAUGCCAAGGGAUCCGAGAAUCAGCAUGCGAAGUACUAUGGUGUUAUCACCUUCAACCAAACCACCUUAACCAAGUCCGAUUUGGAAGUUUCCCGUGCCUUGAUUGAAGUUUACUUCGACCUCUUUCGCGAAAUUAUUGGGAAGGCGGAUGAGCCUGUAGGUAAAUCAGACAAAGUCGCUCCUAAGAAACGGGCAAAGGGCAAAGGAAGAGUAAAAGCCGCUGCCCCUGCAGAAGAGCAAGACGAAAACUCCAAGAUGAUCGCCGCUAUUCUUACAGGUAUCAACCGAAGCCUCCCUUUUGCAAAUUUAGAUCAAGCAGCGUUAAAUACACAUGUCGACUUGCUUUUCCGCAUUACUCAUUCUGCAACUUUCAAUAUUUCGGUGCAAUCACUCAUGCUCGUUUUCCACGUAAUGGCCGACAAUAAAGGGAUCGUCGACAGGUUUUACAGGACUCUCUACGAGUCUUUGUUUGAUCCACGGCUGCUGACGGCAUCCAAGCAAAUCUUGUACUUGAACCUGUUGUUCAAGGCAUUGAAGGCAGACCCCAGUUUCGACCGACAAAUAGCGUUUGUUAAGAGAAUCUUUCAGACCCUGACCUUGCAUCAACCUCCCUUCAUUUGCGGAGCAAUUUAUCUCAUGGGAGAGUUGUUCACAAACAAACCUGACUUGCGCGCUUUAUUGAGGACUGGGUCCAUACUAGAAGGUGCUUCGGAGGAAGCCGACCCACGAACAGCAUAUGAUCCUCGGAAACGGGACCCUCUGUAUGCCCAUGCCUCAUCGUCUCAGCUAUGGGAAGUAUCGCCGCUCCUUCAUCACUUCCACCCAUCUGUUUCCCUCCAUGCCCGACAAUUGACGGCUGACCAACAAAUUACCGCCACAGCGGAUCUUGGACUCAACACGAUCAUACACUUUCUUGACCGUUUUGUAUAUCGCAACCCGAAGAAACCAAGACCAAAGGGUACAUCAGCCAUGCAACCUAGUGUUUCUGGGCUAGAAAGGCCAGGAAUUGUUCGGCUCACCAGAGGGUAUCAAGGUGAUGCAGGGACCGUAAAUAAUCCGUCCUUUUGGUCACAAAAGGCAGCAUACAUUCCUGUGGACAAGCUUUUCUUCCAUCAGUAUUUCGCACAAAGAUCGGGACGUCAUCAGGCUAAGGUAGACAAGGUUAGCAAGCGCAAGAAAGGUCACAAGGACUCAGAGUCGCAGGCUUCGUCUCGAGAGGAUUCUGAGGGGGAGCAUAUGGUAACGGAAGGUGAAAUGGAUGCAGAUCAGACGGAUGCGGGUUCAGAAGAAAGCGAAGAUGAGGCGGAGGUGUGGAAGGCGAUGAAGGCUUCGAUGCCUAAGUUUGAAGACGUAGACGAUGACAUGGACAGUGCGGACAUUGAAGACAUGGAGGAUGACAUGAGAGAUAUCAGUGAUCUGUCACCAGAUGACAGCGACGACGCCUUCGAAAAUGACCUUGAGGACGAUGACGCCGCUGUCCCGGAACCUUAUGAUACUGACGACGGAGCAAAUGAAGACGACGCCGAUGACUUUUACCAGUUCGACGAGGAAGAUCUCGUGGACAUGGAUGAUGAAGUAGACGAGCUCCCGACAGGUGAGAAGCGCAAAGUUUCUGGUGGUCACGGGAUGGGCAAAAGGAGGAAGCUCCGCCAGCUGCCGACGUUUGCUACGUAUGAGGACUACAAGGAGAUGAUUGAGGGGGCACCGGAGGAGAACAUAUGA